CCUCGAUGCCGCGCGCGAUUAUCUCCCCCUCCGUCCUCGCCUCCGACUUUGGCCAGCUCACCGCUGAGUGCCAGCGGAUGAUCAAGGGCGGCGCAGAAUGGCUGCAUAUGGAUGUGAUGGACGGUCAUUUCGUGCCCAACAUCACCAUGGGCGCGCCAAUUCUUGCUUGCGUCAAGAAGGGCAUUCCUGACAUCUUCAUGGACUGCCACAUGAUGGUCUCAAACCCCGAGAAGUGGGUUGACGAUAUCGCCGACGCAGGAGGCGCGCUUUACUGCUUCCACCUUGAGGCUGCGCCUGAGCCACUACCAAUCAUCGAGCACAUCCACAAGCGUGGCAUGAAGGCUGGCCUUGCCAUCUCUCCCGAUACCCCCGCCUCAGCGAUCACAGACGAGAUGGCGAACGCGGCAGAUAUGCUGCUCGUCAUGACCGUAUACCCAGGUCGCGGUGGCCAGAGCUUCAUCGAGCGCUGCGUGCCCAAGGUCGAAGAGCUCCGAAAGCGGUAUCCCAACAAAGAUAUCGAGGUCGAUGGCGGUGUCGGGCCCAAGACGAUCGAUAAGUGCGCUCAUGCAGGAAGCAACGUCAUCGUUGCUGGUACCGCCAUUUUUGGCGCGCCUGACCCGGAGGGCGUUAUUACCGUGCUCAAGGCCACCGUCAACGCUGCACAGGCCAAGAUUGAGGCCGCUCGUGCUGCCCAAUAAGUGGGACAUGCCACCGAGUUGCGCAUAAAUUAAUCGUAGGGUGCAAGAAAUGUAGCGUAGAAGAUGUAGCAAUACCAAUGUCACAGCGAGCUCCAAAUAGGAGCGAAGUAUCAGC